AUGAGGUUCAGCAUCCGUAUUUGGUCGCAAGUCUGUGGCUAUUUCGUAAAUUGGCUUACUGCUGAAGGAGAAGGGGAAACAUGGAGAACCGCGUUUACCUGCCACGACUGCGGUCAGACAGAGGAAAAUGCUUUUCGUCUGUCUGGCCUCGGGAAGUUUGCUCGCGCCGCGCGUUCCUCGGGCUGUCCAAUGGCGAAGCGCACUUCGGAUCGGCUGCAAUUAGCUGAAUUUGUCCUCGGUGAGGCGGUGUGUGACGGAGGACAAGCCUCGCUGUCGCCGCUGCGUGCCCCGUCCGUCGACGGUCGACCGGCGGUCAUCGGCGGCCAUCGGCGGUCGACUGGUGCAGCGCGGUGA